CUUCCCCCAUUUAUCUUCUUCUUUCCUUUUGUGGAUAUCACACUCAAAUUCACACCACCUGCAAAUAAUUCACUCUCAUGUGGUUAUCUUGCCACUCUCCUCAACAACAACCACACUUUCCACUCCCCAAUACGCGCCACCACCAAUCUAACACGCGCCGCCCCGCCUCCCUCACUUUCCCCCCUUCCACCACCACAAACCACCUAAUCCAAACCCUGUGUAAAAAAAACCAACUAAAACAAGCUAUCCAAACACUCACCCAAGAACCUAACCCAUCUCAACACACUUACGAACUUUUAAUCAAGUCUUGCGCCAUUGCGAACUCGAUAUCCGAUGCUAUUAUAGUUAACCGCCGUCUUACAGAAGACGGGUUUCACGAUGACCCGUUUCUGGCAACUAAACUUAUUGAAAUGUAUUCAAAAUUGGGUUAUAUCGAGUAUGCACGCCAAGUGUUUGAUGAAAUUCCUAAUAGAACUAUUUACGUUUGGAAUGCGUUUUUUCAAGGUUUGAUACUUUUAGGACAUGGGUUAGAUGUGUUUGGACUUUUUCGGGUUAUGAAUAUAGAUGGUGUUAAGCCAGAUAGGUUUACUUAUACUUAUGCGUUGAAGGCGUGUGUUGCGUCGGAUAGUUUAGUUUCUUUGUUACCGAAAGGGAAAGAGAUACAUGGACAUGUUUUGAGACAUGGGUUUGAGAGUAAUGUGCAUAUUAUGACUACUUUGGUUGAUAUGUAUGCUAGGUUUGGGUGUGUGGCUGAAGCGGGUUAUGUUUUUGAUGAAAUGAAGGUGAAGAAUGUGGUUUCUUGGAGUGCGAUGAUUGCUUGUUAUGCUAAGAAUGGGAGAGCGUUUGAGGCCGUGCAAUUGUUUGGUGAAAUGAUGGUUGAAGUUGAUGACUUGACUACGCCGAAUGCAGUGACAAUGGUUAGUGUUCUUCAAGCGUGUGGUGCACUUGCGGCUUUAGAGCAAGGUAAGUUAUUGCAUGCGUAUAUACUAAGAAGAGGUUUUGAUUCUGUUUUGCCGGUUGUUGCAUCUCUCAUCACCAUGUAUGCAAGAUGUGGUGAUCUUGAAGUGGGACAACGUGUUUUCGACCAAAUGGUUAAGAGAGAUGUUGUUUCUUGGAAUGCUUUGAUCUCAAGUUAUGGGAUGAACGGAUUUGGCAAAAAGGCAAUUGAAGUUUACAAUGAAAUGAUUUCUAACAAAAUUGCUCCAAGUCCUAUAACGUUUGUGAGUGUUCUAGGAGCUUGUAGCCAUUCAGGUCUUGUGGAUGAAGGGAAGAUGUUGUUUGAAUCUAUUAGUAAAGAUCAUAACAUGCGUCCUUCGGUUGAACAUUAUGCUUGUAUGGUGGAUCUUCUUGGUCGAGCGAAUAGAUUAGAUGAAGCAGCCAAGAUUGUACAAGAUAUGAGGAUGGAACCUGGGCCUAACGUUUGGGGCUCUCUUCUAGGGUCAUGUAGGAUUCAUUGUAAUGUUGAGCUAGCCGAGAGGGCAAGCAAGAGGCUUUUUAACCUUGAACCUACAAAUGCAGGAAAUUACGUGCUUUUAGCUGAGAUUUAUUCAGAGGCUCAAAUGUGGGAUGAAGUGCUGAGAGUGAAGAAGCUGUUGCAGAGUCGUGGACUUGAAAAGAAAUCAGGAUGUAGUUGGAUUGAGGUGAAGAGAAAAAUAUACUCAUUUGCAUCUGUCGAUGAGUUAAAUCCACAUGUUGAACAACUUCACGCCUUUUUACUCAAAUUGUCAAUGGAGAUGAAGGAACAAGGGUACAGGCCUGAUACUAAAGUCGUCCUGUAUGAUGUUGAUGAGGAAGAAAAGGAAAGGAUUUUAUUGGGUCAUAGUGAGAAAUUGGCGGUUGCAUUUGGGCUGAUUAAUACUUCUAAAGGAGAAACAAUUAGGAUCACAAAAAAUUUACGGCUGUGUGAAGACUGUCAUUCCGUUACGAAGUUUGUGUCUAAGUUUGCUAAUAGAGAGAUUCUGGUGCGUGAUGUCAAUCGCAUACACCAUUUCAAAGACGGGGUUUGUUCAUGUGGGGAUUAUUGGUAAUGUGUGUAAGCAGCUAAGCAUACUCAGCUCGCCAUCUUUAUAAUGAACAUGGGAUUCUUGUUUAUAGAAUUUGCAGCAAAGGGAUUAUACAUGUACAGUUGCUAGUUGAUCAAACAGAGUUUUAUAAAUGAUGAAUUGUUAUUUUUCUAAACCUUUUCAACAACAGUAAGUACAGUGAGAAAUUUAACUCAUAUUGUAACUAUGGUUUAACCAUUAUAAACAAAUCGAUACAUAUGGUAUCAUAUUUAUCACAUUUUUAGCAUUAGGUUGCCGGAAGUGUGUGCCUUCUCCAGUUCACUGCACAGUCAACGAGCCAUCUUGCUUCAUUCUGAGUAAAUUACUCUCAAUGUUCCGUAGCACGGGUUUGUAGCUGCAAUUAGUGACUCAUAUGUGAACAUAUAGAUAUUUUACAAAUGAGAAAUUUUAAAUUAAAAGGUUGGCUAAUUGACUAGUAAAAGAAGAAUAAAGGGCGUAAAGAAGAGCUUACAGGCGAGCAAGACCGUUGUAGGCUUGAAUGGAUUGUUGGAGCUGGGCUGAGAGCUGCAAAACCUCGGCAGACAAUGUCUCAGACUUGCUCUGUUCUUUAGCAAGUUGACCCUGCAUAGAUUAUUGUGGUGCUUGUUAGAGGGGGCAAAUGGGUAUGUCAUGUAACGGGUCAAAACAGGUAAAUUUUAGUCGGGUUGGUUGAGUCGAUCUGAAACAUGGGAAAUGUUUGUAGUAAUAAGCUUUGGGCUACUUCCGAAGUAUUUCAUUUUUA